GGGGGGAGGGGGAGAGAGCCCUUCCUGGCACGAGGAAAGAAUCCGCGAAAGGUCAUGAAGUUGUACGAUGGAUUAUCUCUUGCUUAUCAAAUUCAGUUAUACAGACAUGGCGUACCCUCGGGCCUCGGCACGGCUUAAUAUCUUGUGUGAAUUGAAGGUGAAAAACUUGUAAUGUACACAUUCGGAGAUUGAGAGUCAUAUUUAGCGGAAAAUGAGGACACUCGCCCCAUUGCAGCUUCCUCUCCUGGGCUUCCCUCAACAUCUUCAUUCCCCGACUCAACCUCGCGUCUCCUAUCCCUCUCUCUCCCCCCAUUCGUCUUCCACUCUCAGUUCCCCAAAAAUCCCCAACAAAACUUUGGCCUUCCGUCUUAAUUCCAAUGACCCCAAGGAGUCUCUUUUCUUCGACGAAAAUGGUGCCGUCGAGGAUAUGGAAGGCUACCUCGACCAACUCUCCCUCGAGUACGACUCUGUCUGGGAUACUAAACCUUCUUGGUGUCAGCCCUGGACAAUAACCCUUACAGGAAUCUUAAUGAUUGCCACUAGCUGGUUAAUUUUGCGCUCUGUGGCUGUCACUUCGGUCAUCUUGUUACUAAUUUCCGCUUGGUGGUACAUGUUUCUGUAUUCUUAUCCCAAGGCAUAUUCAGAAAUGAUUGCUGAGCGGAGAGAAAGAGUUACAAGUGGUGCUGAAGAUACGUUUGGUCGUAAGAAGAAGCAGUGAUUUGGAUGAUUCAUCAUUGCGCUUAAUUUUUUCCCCGUCUUGUUGUCUCUGCCUCUGCCUGUAUUUUCAUAUUCAAAAGCAACAUAACAGGUGCUCAGGCAUUUAUGCACAUAUCUUAACUAAUAACUCCUUUCUAUAUACUUUCCCUUGUCUUAACGUGCUUCGGGUGGACAUGUACAGCUUCAGCGUUACUUCCAGCCCUUGCUUAGUUAAAUUA